AUGGCACGACUCACCGAGAUCCAAGAUGGGGAUGACGCCCGCACCGGCCCGUCUUUAACCCAGCACGAACGGGAACAGAUCCUGCACAAGUCCGGUAUCAUCGAGAAGCUCGGUCUGCCCAAGGACUUUGUCACCAUGGACGAGUCGCAGGCGCAGCUUGAUGCGCUCAACCGAUCGGCGAAUGCAAAGCAAACUGCCGGAUCGGACGAUGACGACUCUGAAGACGACUACGGCGUGCAAUCCGAUCACGAGUUGGACGGCGACGACACAGCUAACAGGCUGAUGCAGGAGCAACAGGCGACAGAGAUGAGUCCCCAGGUCGAGGGCAUCUUGGAUCUCGUCAUCUGGACCAUGCCGUUUGGGUUCGUGUAUACGCUGCUGGAUGUGCUGGUGCGACAGCAGUAUGGAGAGACCGUUGGAGUGUCAGACGAAGCCGUACGCUUGAUCCGCGCUCUUCCUCUGCUAGCCUUCUUCAUUCACUUUAACCUCACAUCGAAGCGACAAGCAUUGAUACAGGGCCUCUUGUUCAUCAUCUGCUCGGCUUGCGGUUGCGGGCUCAUCUACAUAGUCAACAAGUCCCCGUACGACGUGGUGGUGCAACGAGUGGCACCUCUAGGCACACUGUGGAUCUUUUCGGUGGUGCGACUGGAUCUGAUGCCUGCCUUCAUCAGCCUAGGCAUCGUGGCUAUGUUUGUCAAGCAGGCGCAGCUCAACAUUAUUUUCAACUAG